AUGUCUUUCUAUCUUCCAUUGGAUAAUGAAGAUCCUGAUAAUAAUGAUACCAAUCGGAAAAUGGAUAAGGAAGUUGAAAGUUCUGGUGGUGCUCAUGAAAUGGAAUCUCAGCUCAUUUCACAACCACAAACCACAAAGGCAGAAAGGGGGUCUUAUCACCAUGCCUUUCAUCAUUGGGAAAAAAAAGAAUAUGCACGAAUAAAAUAUAUUUUUAUAUUAUUAAUCAAUUAG